AGCGUCACUUUGCCAAGUGACGUUGAAUAAACUCCAUCCAACCCUAUGAUACAGCCAUCGUGAAUAAAGUCUUAGCAUAAGAACCACAAUAACCACACUUCAGAGCGAGUCUUCUGUCCUCUGCCACCAUGCUUAGGAACGAGGUUUUCGCCUGCUUCGCUUUUUACGGCACGCUGUUAAUUCUGAAGAUGUACAUCAUCGCCAUCAUCACUGGCCAAGUCAGACUGCGGAAAAAGGCUUUUGCUAACCCAGAGGACGCCUUGAGGCACGGUGGGGCGCAGUUCCAUCGCGAUGAUGCAUAUGUUGAGCGGUGUUUAAGGGCCCAUCGGAACGCCAUGGAGAACAUCCUGCCGUUUCUCUUUCUGGGAGCCGUCUAUUCCCUGACUGGCCCAUCCUUGGCUGUGGCCCGAUGUCACUUCCUGCUCUUCUUUCUGGGUCGGGUACUGCACACUGUGGCGUACCUGUUAGCUCUCAGGGCACCAACGCGUUCUCUUGCCUACAUCAUCGCUCAAGUGCCCUGUGUUUCCAUGGCGAUACAGAUCCUGAUGGCUGUAGCUUCGUACGCCUGACAGACUCUUCCCAACAUUUCACUGUGGUCAGACUGGGCAGUGCCUCUUCCCCAGGCUGGUGAGGAGAGUGGCUAUGGGGCCCGGGAAGGAAGAGUUUGUGUACUGCUGCACAGUGACUGAAAUGAAGGUUCUCUCCUUAGACUUGGACUUGUCUUAUUGAAUCAGAUUUAUCAGUAUUGGCUGUUUGACAGGACUGUCCUCAUUACAGAUUUACCAGAGCAGGUGUGUUCCACUUUGAAGGUGAACUUGAAAACCCUGCAUAGACUGUCUACUUUAGGCAUCAUUCAGUGUUUACAAAGCAGGCGCCCUCAUCUCAGAGACACCUUAACUUGCCAUCAUCUGCAGACCUUUAGAGGUAGAGCAGUAAGUGUUUCCUCUCUAAUAAUCGGUCACAGUUGACUAGUGUCCCUCCAUUCAGCUCCUCUGAACUCUGAGCCUUUCAGAGCUAGCCUAGCGUUAAACGAACACUGUUUCACAAACAUUUGCCUUUGCUCAGUGGAAUUUAGCACUAAGAGCCAAGUUCUCCCCCCAGUUCCCAGAACAGACUAACAGAAACAGAACAACAGACCUAGAGUUAUCCAAACUGUGCGCACACACACACACACACACACACAGCCAGCUCCUUAUUGGCUACAUGCUUGAACUGUACUUUGCCUCACGUGGAAGUCACUUUGAAUAAACGCAUCUGCUAAAAGGAGAAAUGUAAAAAGAGAGACCAGACAGAAGGUUGAGGAACGCGGCGUGAAGAAGCUGUUGUCUACAGCUGCAUAAGUGUGGUAUGAAGCAUGACCUUUCACCUCUCUGACCUCAGUCCUCUCAAACAGCCCACUUACUAUAUCUAAUAUGACGCUUUUACAGUACUGCUCGGCUAACAGCACAUCGGCGCAAAUUUAUACUGUUUUUGUUUGUUUGUUUUGUUUUGUUUUUUCCACCUUUUUGAGUUGAUGUACAUUCAUGUCUAAUUACUGUUAUUUAAGACACUACAGGUCAAUGGGGUAAAAAUUUUAACUCAGAGAUAUCACCAUGAAACUUCCCCAGUUGAUUACUUACAUUAAGACAGUUAUUGUUUGUAUUACAAGUUUUCUGAAAUUGUAUGUUAUGCAUAAUGUAAUUAAAUAUGCAUCAAUGUCCAUAAAUGUUCAGAACAGAAAUGUGAACAUUGGAUAAAGCCAGAUUCAAAA